AUGACUGCCGUAUUUGACACGUACUGUACAAGUGAGAGAUCGGAGUUUUCAGUCUUUGGAGAUUUUGUGGGGAAAAAAGAUGAGCUAGAUUCUGUAUUAAAUUUCUCUCUAAUAAAAAGCCAUAGUAUAGAACUCUAUGAGGUAACUAAGGAGAAGAAGGUUAGAUUUAUUACUUCAUCGAGGCUUCUCUUAACUCCAGUAGCUUGUACAACUUUAAUGGGACUUAAUGGUAUGCCUGAUUAUAUAGUAUUGUUAUUUGCAAAUUGGGAGAUUAUGCUCUACAGGUACUCAAGCGAAUAUACCGAGUUGGAAUUGGUUACUAAGGAUCAAAUUGAAAUCGGAGAUUUACUUAGAGGUUCAUCUUUAAGGCUUUCUCAGCAAAAUAUUGUAAUGGAUGAUAACAUUAAGAUGGAACAGAUUCAACUUGGGACCAAGCCAAAUGGUGAUGAUUUAGUACUGAUGAUCACAUCUCCUAAAUUCCUACUUUUCAUUACAUACAAAAUGAAAAGUAAUAGGAAUGAUUUUACCCAAGAACUUUCCUUGGGAACAUGUUGGGGAAUUCUAGUAGAAACUGACAUUUACAUGGAUACUAUUGUAGAUUCCUGCCAAAUUCUGGAUGAGAAUUCUAAUCUUUGUUUGCAACCUAAAAUUGCUAUUUUAACUAGGAUUGGCCCAAUAAGUACCGGGUCAAUCCAAUCUCAUUCUAAUUGUGUUUCUUUGAUUUAUUUAUCUAUAAAUAUGGAACUUACUGAGUUUACUGUUCUAGAUAAGCUGGAACUUCUUCCUAUGGAUUCUUACAAGCUGAUUCCCUUUGAUACUAGUGGAAAUAUUAAUAUGUGUUUAUCUGGAGGAUUAAUUGUGCUCUCUACAAAUUCUAUUAUUCUGCAUGGAGGCCUAAAUAGACCAUUUACACUGAUUACAACUAAUGAUUCUUACAAUAAUGUACCUGAGAAAAAACUGGAAGUUGAUUUAUGUGCUCAAAAAGUACAUGGAUUUAAACCAAAAACUUUUGGAUUUGAGACGGGAACUGUUAUUUUGGAUGGUAAUCAUGCUAGUACAACUUCCAAUGAUAAUAGUGAACUAUUAAAUACUAUUAAUCUUGAAAAUUUAGAUAGUAAUUUGGAUCUAAGGACUUUACUUUCUAAUCUACAACCAAUAUUAAUCAAUCAGCCAGAAUUAUCGAUAGAAUUUCAAGUAUCAAACUCGGUACCUUUUUUAAUCACUAAUGAAUACUACGGCAUUCUACUAUUUAAUAAGAUUCAACCAUACUUAAUAGGCUUAAUGAUACAUUUAUCACCUGACCAACCAAAUGGAAUUAAAGGAUUUAACUGGUUUAAAGUUAAUGAAUACUGGGAUUGGAAUAGAAGUUAUCUACCCAGAGAUCAUACAAUUUUAUCUCUUGAAACUGUAACUCUUUCAAAAAAAUUAGGAUCAGAAACUACUCUAGAUGAACAUUAUUUAAUCACCAGUACCCCCAUAUUUAGAGUUCAAAAUGUUCAUUUCAUCCAACAAAAGAAUGCUAGUUCCAUCAGUAACUCUUCUAAUGAUGCCUAUAUUAGUCCAUCCCUACUAUUAAUUGGUGACAUUGAUUCUAAUUCAGGGUUAUCUAUCUUAGAUUUUACCUUUAAUGAAACAUUUUUGAUACCUUAUGCAAAAAACCAAAAUAUUACUCAAGAUCCACAAUUAAGUUAUAAUGCUAUAGUCAAUUUAAUUAGGUCAAAAGAGGAAAUUCAUUCUUCUAUGAAAGAUGAAAAGAACAAGAAGAUCAAGAAGACUCAAAUAGAUUCUGGUAUUAACUUAGUGCAACCUUACUCAGAUAGUUGUCUUGAAUUUUCCAGUAUAGAAGAUCUUGAAAGAUUCUACAUAUAUUCAGAUAUCCCUAAAAAAGAAGAUGGCAAAUCUGAACAGAAUUUAGGUAUACUUAAAAAUAUUAAAAUCAGGGACUAUUUAGAUCUUGGUCCAAAUUCCCUUAGAGACUUUUGCAUUAUACCAAGUUUUAAUAGCUGUAACGAAGAAUUUGAGAGUGAGGAAUACCACAAAAAGUGUCCAAUUGAUGAAAGGCACUCAAUACUGAGUACAAAUGGAACUUAUCCAAUAGGACAACUUUCUUUAUAUGAGAAAUCAGUAUCUAAAUCAGUAAUAACCAAAUUCUUUUUGGAUGAUAUUUUGUUCCAUUGGGCUUUAAAUGAUCCAAUUACUAAUAAGACAAAAUACUUGGUAUUUACUUCAGAUCCUUUAAAAAGUAUCGGAAAGACUCAUUUCUUUUCUUUAGAUACUUGCAUAAAUAAUAGCCAAGAAAUGGUCAUUAUUGGAGAUGUUAACCAGCUAGAUCCUUCAGAUGGAGAAUUUGAUUAUGAAGUAGAUUCAAACACAGUUGGAGCUGGAAUGAUAAAAAUGGGAAAUUCAUAUGAUGAUAUUUUUGUGAUCCAAGUUCUCCCUUCUACUAUUAAUGUUUUAGAUUUUGGAAUCUCAACAAGAUUAGUUGAACUGGAUCUAAUUUCAAAUUUGUUUUUUGAUAAUCCAGAUGCUCCAAUGGCAAUUAAAUCCUUUAUUAUGGGUAACUUUAUUUUAAUUUUGUUUGAAGAUUCCACUAUUAAAGUCUUAAAGAUCUUUAAGCCAAAUGAAGAUCUUAAAAAAGGUACCGAACAUAUUGACUCUUCAAAUAGCUUAAAAAUGAUUGCAGAGUUUUCAAGAUACCAAAUAAUAGUUGAGAGUAUGGAUAAUCUUUUUGAGGAACUAGAUAAUCUUUGUGAAAUUAAUCAACUUGUAGUAAAACAAAGAAUCAUGGAAGGAGAGAUUUCACAACUUUUCGAGGAUGAGCCUUUUGAGACAUCCAAAAAACAGAUUAAUACCAAGGAAACGUGGAAAAAUCAAUUUUGGAUUAGACAUAUAUCUCCAGUAAUUACCAAUUCUGAUCGUAAUUUGAAGGAUCCAGAAGAUUUUUUAGUAGUUUUAGUUAUUUACAGUAAACUAUGGCUAAAUGGAUCUAUAGCUAUUUAUAAUCUAGUUAAAAAAAGACUUGUAUUUUUUUCACCUUUUAUUUCUGCUGUACCAUGUUUAAUGGGUAACGUAUUAUCCCAAACAGGUAGCAAAGAAGAGAUAAUUUACAGAUUUCUUGAAAAUGAGUUUGACCUUGGAAGACCAAUUACCUCGAUUUGUACUCCUAUUAUUGAACCAAAGUACUAUAUAGCAAAAGAAGGAGGGAUUUCAAUUUCUCCUACAUUUUCCCUCAAUCCUGGUGAAUUAGAUACCACUAACCAAAGUUGUGAUUCAAACUUUACUCAAAAUUCCAGCUCCUUCUUGAUUUCCUGUGAGCUUAUUAAGAUGGAAGAAGAAGAUAGCAAAGAAGGUAAUAGUGAGAUGAUAAUGGUUGCUUCAGUUUCACAAAAACCAAUGUUGAUAUAUAGACUUGAUCUAAGAAGUAAUAAUAGCUCGAGUAACUUAAGAUCAGAAGAUUACAUUUUUUCUAGGAAAUGGAAACUAGAGAUACAAACAAACUUCAACAAUGUACAGAUGGAUAUCUCAAAGUUCUUUGCUCAGUUCCCAGUCACUCUAACAAGUUCCAAUAUCGAAGAGACAUUUUCUAAUGAAUCUCCUUUAUCAAUUUACAAUUGUGGACAUGGUAUUUCCUUUAAUUCAAAAAUUUCAAGUAAUGUGGAUACUUGGAUAAUUCAGGCACCUUCACCAUUAAAUAUUGAAGUUAGGCAGGAAUUAAUGAGUGAUGAAACAAAACUGUCGAAAAUAGGGUGUUUUUCUUCUUCUUCUCUGGUGAUUAUGACAGAUAAGGGGAGGUUUUCUGUGGUAAACUUGGAUGAGACAGGAAUGUCCAACUGCAUAGCAAAAAUAGACUCUCCAUGGUCUCCUUUACAUAUACUUUUAAAAACUAGUAUUAAAAAUGAAAUAAACUUUGAAUUUUUAAACCUUGCAGAUUCUUCAUCAAAUUCUAAAUUAUGUAACUCCCUAUCCACGUUACCAUUUCCCGGAAAUGAUAACUGGUUCCUCAGGAGAGCUUUCUUGCCAGAAGUAGUAAUUCAGAGAGUAGCUUUUUGUAAAGAGUAUAAUCUUAUUGCUAUCAUAGUUGGAAUCCCAGACAAUGCAAAACAUCAUUUAAAUGGGUACCAUAUCCGUCAAAUGGCUUUUUACAGAUAUCUCAGAUGCCUUGAAGCUGGUGGGAAAGAGGCUCAAACAAUUCUGCUUAACCAAGACCUAAUCAGAAACCCUGACAAAUGCUUUGAAAAGUCCCUCGCCAGUAUUCCAGAUCUUGGCAUCCCACCAGCAAGCUUCGAGACUGAAACAUAUUUUGAUACUCUCCCCCCUGGAAUUGAAAUUGGAGAAUCUCUUCCCAAAAUUUUUUACCAGUCAAAUAUAAUAAACGAAAAAGCCAGAAAAUCUGACAAUUGCAACCAGUCAUCCACAUGCAAUAACCUCGGAAAAGAGAAUGUGGCGCCAAAUUUGGCAUGUAAGGACUUUGAGCGGGAACAGUUUGGAAUACUAAAGGACCUGAAUAUAAUGCGUAAUGAGCUGUUGCUUUACUCCUUUGAGGAUUUGUUUCCUCAUUCGAAGUUAUCAAACCCGGUUUUGGGACGUGAUUUUGAAAGUUUUCCAAAACCGAAGGGGAGAUAUGCUUUUGGAGCUUGGGAAGUGGGGUUGAGCAUGAAAUUUGGGCAAGACUCCAAAGGCCAGCAGGUUUUGAUUAUUGGUACAGGCACUAAUCCGACCCAUUACUACGAGGCUGAGGGAAGAUUACUAAUGUUCAAGGUUAAACAGUUGGUUUCCCUGGAUGAGGAAGAUGGAAAUGUGGUAGUAAAAACUGGGAAUGGGGCUGAAACUGAAACAACAGAAGCUACGGGAACAGGAGUUCGGGCAAAUAAUGCUAAGUGGACAAAUAUGUUAAAGUAUUGGCCAUCUAAAUUUUCAAAGCAGCUAUAUCACGAUAAUGUACAGGAACUAGAGAUAUGCUUCCAAAGUAUGUACAGGGGCCCAGUAACUAGUGUUGAUUUGAUUAACUUACCAGCAACAACUGCACAAGUUGCUCCGGCAAUACCAGCUUUAGCAGCCUAUCCAAUCAUCCAGAAUAAUCCUAUUGUUAGAGCUCCUAACUCAAAUGUUACCUAUAUUGCUCAUACAUUUGGAUAUAGACUAUAUAUACAUGAACUUAGAGAAAAUGAGUCAAGCUUUAUUAAAGGGACGUUCAUAGAUACACCCUUAGGUAUUAGUUCAGUUUCUAAUUACAAAGCGUUAUUUUUCUUGGGAGAUAUAAGAAGAGGAGUCCACUUUGGAAUGCUUAGAACUGACGCUUCCAGAGGAUCACAAACUAUGGUUAAGUUUGCUAGAUCCCAUCCACUAUGGAAGUUUACCUGUACAUCAGCUCAAGCAAUAGUUCAAGAAAAGGAUCUGGCUAUUUUGGUUUCUGAUAACAACAACAAUCUUUUUACUUUUGAACCAAAUUUUGGUGCAACUCAAAUAAUCGAUAAAGAGACACUUAAACCAACAUCUCACACAAAUCUUUGCACAUCUAUUGUGCAUAUGAGAACCGUUGAAUCCGAAAAUUACCGUUAUGUUAUCGCUAGUGGAAGAAACGGGUCCUUCUUUUCUAUAAAGCUCACUAAUAAAUUACAACACGAACAUCUUUUGCGUGUUGAGAAACUCCUUUGCUGCAAUAUUCCUUCCUUCCUUGGUAUCUCCCCAAAUACCUCAUUACACACAAACAAAAGCCUAAACAAUAUCCCAGAUUUUAUUCAAAACCUUUAUCCUACCGAUAAAAUCAUCUUCCUUAAGCACUUAAACUAUCUUAAAUACCUCUCCAACCCCAUCCUCCAAUCCAUUUUUAAAAAUACAAAUACAUCACUCUCACACAUUCUCCAAUUUAUAGUUUAA